AGUCUAUCUGGCAAUUUUCCAUCGCCAUGGAUUCAGUUGCUAGCGGUUACAGCGCCUGAAACACAACACAUUAUGCUUGCAUUGUUUCACCCCGCCAUUGUAGAAACGGAUGGACCACAACGAUCGCCAUUCUUCUUUACUCACCAAGGUAGGAUUCGGUGCUCUCACUUGCAAUUCCAUCUUCGCCAUCUACAGGUCGCAGGGUGACCUCGCCUCGGUGGCCUUCGUCGUCGCCGCGUACGCCGCGCUGCUGCUGCUCUUCUACUUCCUCGGCAAGUUCGAGCGCGCGCGCCCGGAGGAGAGGGGCAAGGUGAAGGCGGCUGUGUGGUCGCUCACCACGCUGCUCACCGCAAUGUUCGCGUCAAGGGUGGCGCCUCUCAUGCCGCCGCUCGUCGCCGCCGGCGUCUGGAUCAUGGCGGCCGCCACUGUCGUCGGUGGGUUCUGGGCUUUCUUCCUUCAUCCCUGAAAUUGUAUUGCAGAGACCAACAGUUGUGUGAGUUUGAAACGUGUAUUGUAACUUUGGAAGCGCAUUUAAGCACAUUAAUGUAAGCGAUCGAAUAUGAUAUACAUCCUCGUUUUCUUUUUA